AUGGCGGAAGCGUCUGGCUCCUCAUCCAAGCCUAAGAAGAGUGUUCCACCGUUGCUUUCUGACCUUCUCGACUUGGCAAUCUUUUCCUUUGCUUGCCAGUCGGGACUAAGAUCUCACCACAAAAUCCGCGGCGAUCCUGUGGUCGAAGGAGUUGCGGCCUUCUUUGGAAGAUUAAUUUCCUGUAGCAACCCCGAAACUCUUGUGGAAUUUGACCGAUUCUCGCCAGCACGACUUGGAAAGUGGGAGCCUCAAACAGAACCCACCAAAGAGUUGAGGACGCUGAUAUCCUCGAGGCUAAAAAUCGCAAAAUCCAAUGAGGCGAUCCGCGAAUGGCAGCCGAGUGUGCCGUCCAUUGUCCACGACAAAAAACAGUCCUUCUCUGAAGCAGAAGACAGAGUAAAGACCAAGUUUUUCCCCAAGUGCUGGCGCUGUUCUCGUCGUUGCGCCUUCUGUAUAGCCAAG